AUGACGAUAGCCGUCUUGCCAAACCCUCGUUUUGGAAACAUGAACGUGAAUGAUGAGUUCGGGGAUGAUCUGAAUAAAAUCCCUCAGCAGUUGGGCAGAGUUGUGAGUGCAGUUGAGGAAGCCAGCAAAGAAUUUGCAGCAGUGAUACAGAAAUUAAUCGAAGAAGGAGGCUACACAUUAGAUCCAGUUUUCAAUGUUGAUGAACAGAACACGCUGCUUGUCCCUUCCUGUGCUGCGUUCACAACCGCCUCUCAGAAGGCAGGUGUAUCUCUCCCACCCCCAUCAUCCCCACAGUCACUUGUCCUCGUGCUAAAUAUCCUCAGUAAGACCAGCGGCAGCAACAACUCUGAGGGGCCACUCAUAGGUUAUGAAAAAGAAUGUGCUGAUUCUUUUAAAUCUGUGCAUUGCCGAGGGCAAGGAGCGGAGAACAUGGACAGAGAGAAGUUUCAGCAGAAGGCUCUGAAGCAAACUAAGCAGAAGAAAUCCAAGUCGGCUGAAUUUCUGAUGGUUAAAGAAGAUAGAGAAGCUAUGGAAGGCAUUGGAAAUCCAGCUUUUAACAUGAGCAGCCCAGAUCUCUUAGCACAUCAGACUUCAGACAAGAGAGUUAUUAGACAUGACAUGCCUGAUCACACCCUUGCAGCUCACCAACAAAAAUUCGGGCUGCUGGCCUCUGCUGAACCAAAAGGAAAUGAAUACAGCAGAAAUUACUUUGACCCACUGAUGGAUGAGGAAAUCAACCCAAGGCAGUGUGGGAUGGAGGUCAGCAGAGAGGUUGAUAAUAGAAUUCUCUGUGAUCGAUUAAUGAGGCUGUUUGACAAGCAUGGACAAAGAGAAGCCCAAGAUGAGAGCUUCAAGGAGAUUCUGGAUUCUGAAGAGCCAGUGAGUUCCAGAAAGAGACCCGAACCCCGCAAAGAGGACAGCCAAGCCACUUCUGUCUACAAUGAGGCGUCUAGACGUGUUCAGAAAAGUAUAAUUCUGCCUGGAAGUUCUUCUUUGGAACAGUCCACCACCACCAACAAUCAAGCUUGCUCAAAGUUCAAGGCAAGCUCAAGAGGCUGUCAGUUAGCAUUUUGGCCAGAUAUCCUCUCACCUUUAUUGAGACAAAAUUGA